CUGCAGCUCCCAUUGUUCGCUUCCAGAGCAUACUCUCGCAGUGUAGUUCUGCUCUCAGUGUAGUUCUGCUCCAGACACAGGUGCUCCAGUUACAGGUCCUCCAGAACAAUGAGGGUCUCCUUGGUGACUAUUGCUGUGGUAAUGCUCUGUGCCCACGAUGUCUACGCCAAUGUGCAACCCCAGAAGGACUUCGACCUGCAGAGGUUUGCAGGAAAGUGGUACCGCGUGGGUCUGGCCUAUGACUCACCAGGCUUUGUGCUGUACAGACACAAGCUGAAGAUCUCCAUGGGCAUCCUGACACCAAUGGCGAAUGGAAGUGCCAACAUGACCAUGUGGACCCAGAGGUCCUCUGGUUGCCGUUGUAAGAACUACAUAUAUGAGAAGACGGACGUAUCUGGCCAGUUCAACUACUUCAGCAUACGUCACAACAGGAUGAAGGACAUCACAGUGGUAGAAACAAAUUACAAUGAAUACGCUCUGGUUCUCAAACACAAGAAGAUGAACCGGGAGUUCACACAGGUGGCCCUUUAUGGUCGGUCACAGAGGUUGAGGCCACAGUUGCUGGAGAAGUUCAGAGAAUUUGCCUUGGCUCUGGGAUUUCCAAAAGAAUCCAUUUUGACCCCACUAGCUGCAGCAGAGGAUUGCCCCCCAGCUGAGCAAUAGGCACAAAACAGACUUACUGCAGAACCAGAACAGCUCUUAAGCCUGCUUUAUUGCCUUAGAUCACAACAUUUCGCUCAGUGUUGCAAUAAAAACCAUCCUGCCUUCCAGACAUGCUGACAAAACCAUCCUCACACCAGGACCAAGAGUCCCAUUGCUGCCCUGAAGACUGUCCUACAGGCUUCCUCAUAGGCAGCCAUAAAGGCUGCUUUACAUACUAGUCCACAGGUUGCCUUGAAGGCUUCCUCAUAGGCAGCCAUAAAGGCUGCCCUACAUGCUGGUCCACAGGUUGCCCUUCAGAUAUCCUCAUAUUCCUCCCCACAGUUUUCCUCAUUGGUUGACCUAAAGGCUGGCCUAGAAGCUGGACUACACCUGGCCUCAUAGGCUGCCCUACAGGCUACCCCUACAACUUAGCCCACAGGGUGCCCUACAGGCUCUUCAACAAAUAAUUGUUGCAGCUAUUUUAGACUGAACUUGGAAAACAGGACAACACAACGUAUUGCUGAUGUCACACGGCCAAAUAAAUACACUCUCUUGAGCAAUA